AACAUUCUUAUGCACGCGUCAUUAACAGACAAUAACAGAUCGCGAGAUUUCAUAACGGACGAGCUGGACGAGAUUGACUCAGUAUUUAAUAUUCUAAUAUAACGAAGUAAAUGACUUAAAUAAGGGUGUUUUUAGGAGUAUCCGUUUGUUUACAUUUGUGUGACCUUUCUUCUUUAGUUCUUCAGUUAUUAUUACUCAAAGCACAAGAAGUUACAGACGGCAACUUUUUUUAAAAACCACCCAGCAAAUCAAUGGCAACCAAACGGAGACAGUCCAGAAGAUGUCUGGCUGGAGCUUUGGAUCGGGCCGCUGAGGAGAGUCCUGGCCAUCGAACAAGCACUCUUCUUACAGUUUCUCAAGAUGACACGAAUGAAGACGUUCACUGCAGCAGACUGUCAACAAUUCUGCAAGAUAUGUGCGAGUUUCUCGACAAGCAGAUCUUGGAGAAUCUUGUGGCAAAGCUGGAGUUUGAAAACGAGCUGAACCGCGUCUGCAGCAGAUCAACCCAGAUUCAAAACCCAGACUCCUCUUCUGGACCAGGAAAUAACCGAGAAUGUAAAUAUGGUGUUGUGGAAGAGGAAAGUACAGACCACUUGGUUCAUGAAAGUAGAGAUGACUUUUCCUUCUUACUGGACACAAUCCUGGAGAUUGAGCGGGAUUAUGAUGUCACUGCCGACUGUGAUGUUAGUUGCAUGGAGCAUGUGUUACAGUUAUCACCGUAGUUUGGAUGUUCUCAAGGAUCUUCUGUUGGGAGGCAACUGGAUUAUCUUUUAUUUAAAAGAUUAUUUACAUAUUUAAUCCAUUUUUUCUAAUAUAAAAACAAAAAAUACAGCCUACA